CUCUAUUCUACAGGGCGAUGCGCGCCCCCGCGACUCGCUGUAGAAAACAAAGCGUCUUCCAUUACAGCAGGAGCUGCAGCCCCCGGGAUCAUCAGUCAGUCACACCGGACAAACCUCUCGAAUAUGGAUAUACAGUGGAAGUAGUGUAUUAACAAACCGAGCCUGCCGGGCUAGGGUGCCGACGAGACAUCGGAGAACCGACGACACAGCGUCAGUCUUUCCUCGGGUCUUUGUCCCUCCACCAUCACCGCGAUCUCUCCUGCGAGCUUGUUCAGCUAGUGCUUACUAGCUGAGGCUAGGACGUGUCGCCAUGUUGUCGUUUAAAAGUAACUACUAGGGACGCCUGUCUCCGACGGAACCGCAGAAGACAUCUCCACGGUCCCAGCGGGUUGUCAUCGGGACCGUAUUCGGUGUUCUCCCCGGACCCAGGUGACCAGGUGUCGGCGGGAUGGCGGAGCAGGGCUACACCUCCUGGGCAUACUCCCUGGUGGACUCAAGCCAGGUUUCUACGUUCCUCAUCUCCAUCCUCCUAAUAGUUUAUGGCAGCUUCAGGUCAUUAAACAUGGACUGUGAGAACCAGGAGAAGGAUAAGGAUGGAAACCCAACCGCACCAGGAACCUUCAACAAUGGAGGCACAAACAACAGCAUUUUCCCAGGUAUUCAGACCAUCGACUCCACGCAGGCUCUGUUCCUGCCCAUAGGAGCCUCGGUGUCUCUGCUCGUCAUGUUCUUCUUCUUCGACUCGGUACAGGUGGUCUUCACCAUCUGCACUGCAGUUCUUGCAACAAUCGCAUUUGCGUUCCUUUUGUUGCCAAUGUGCCAGUACCUGACUAGGCCAUGCUCACCACAGAACAACAGGAUCUCCUUCGGGUGCUGCGGGCGAUUCACCCUCGCUGAGCUCCUGUCCUUCUCCCUCUCAGUCCUGCUGGUGCUCAUCUGGGUGCUCACCGGACACUGGCUGCUCAUGGAUGCUCUGGCAAUGGGCCUCUGCGUGGCCAUGAUCGCCUUUGUGCGGCUCCCCAGUCUCAAGGUGUCCUGCCUGCUGCUGUCUGGCCUGCUCAUCUAUGACGUCUUCUGGGUGUUCUUCUCCGCCUACAUCUUCAACAGCAACGUGAUGGUGAAGGUGGCCACGCAGCCCGCGGAGAACCCCAUCGACGUCCUGUCCAGGAAGCUGCACCUGGGGCCGGGCAUGGGCCGCGACGUCCCGCGCCUCUCCCUGCCCGGCAAGCUGGUGUUCCCCAGCUCCACGGGGAGCCACUUCUCCAUGCUGGGGAUCGGGGACAUCGUGAUGCCGGGGCUGCUGCUGUGCUUUGUGCUGCGCUACGACAACUACAAGAAGCAGGCCAACGCGGAGUCGGCCACGCCCGGCCGCAUGCAGAGGGUCUCCUACUUCCACUGCACCCUCAUCGGAUACUUUGUUGGGCUCUUGACCGCCACGGUGGCGUCCAGAAUCCACCGCGCGGCCCAGCCGGCCCUCCUCUACCUGGUGCCCUUCACCCUCCUGCCUCUGCUCACCAUGGCCUACCUAAAGGGGGACUUGCGGCGCAUGUGGUCGGAGCCCUUCCACACCAAGGCCAGCAGCUCCCGCUUCCUGGAGGUAUGAUGCAGUCCUGCGGCCCACCCAGCGCCCCCAUGGGAGGAAGGACCCUCCCUCACCCCCCCACCCUGCCCUCCCCUCGCCUGAGGGGGGAGGAGGGCCCCUCGGAGGGAGAGGGGAAGAAGGAGGAGAGGGAGAGAGAGAGAGAGAGAGAGGUCAUGUUCUCGCCAUCACUUCAUGCUUUCGGCCCCCCCCCCCCAGCCCCUAGGAAGGACACCAGGGCGCAGACCCGGGACACCCGACAUGAUUCAUCGCCAGUCCCUCCCCCACUACCUCUGUCGUCUCUCUCUCUCUCUCUCACUCUCCCUCUGUGUUUAUUUCCUGUUCUUCACGGCAUGUCAGGAGUAGACUGUAUACCGCAACUUCCGGUUGGUUUUGUUCCCCUCUGCCUCUUCUUUUCACCUUGCUGUAAAUUUAGUGUUUUAGCCCAACUUUGCUCUAUGACUCAUUCCAUUUUAUUACGCCUCUCUGGGCAUUCACCCUAAACCCCUUCCUCCUGUCCUCAUUAUCCCCACCCUGGUUCUGAACCCCUCCCUCUUGUUCUCAUCACCCCCAGCCUGGCGUAAACCCCUUUACUCCUUGCCUCAUCACCCUCACCAUGGCUCUAAGCCCCUCCCUCCUGUCCACCUAACUCCGACUCUGGUUCUAAACCCAAGGUCUAGAUGAGCUCUCACCUGCUUAUUAUGUUGUGUUCUGGGUCCCUUCUCCCCGCUCCUUCAUUUCACUGACUCGGAUGAACUAGCGCUACAGGCUGACAGCCCCCCCUCAUGGUCGGAAGACUUAACAAGGCUGUUUAUCUUUCUUCUCUUAUGUCUUUUUUGUCCUGUUCUUUUUUUAAAGCAUCAUUGUGGUCACCAUUCUGGUUAUGUUGUUUAUUAUUAUUAUUGUUUUUGUUGUGGUUAUUAUUCUGGAAUGAAUUCAAGGAACGUGCAGUGGAGACGUAGCGCUGCAGCGCUGGGACGGACAUUCAAGACGUUUGUGGAGGUUUCCGGAAGUUUGUGACGCAGGAAAAGAGUUUCCUCUUGUCCUGCCUCCAUUUCAUCUAUCCCCCAGACUCCCCCUCAUCCCCUCGACAGCUCCACACAUCUCCGUUCUCCACACUCAGACGCAAUAUGUAUUUUAUUUAGUCAAAUUUGUAUUCUUGGCAUAUACAACAAAAAAAUGAUGCAUUAUAAAUUUUUCGAAAUGGGCUCCCUGUUGAUGGGGCCUCAUCUAUUUGUAUAUAUGUGUACACAUGUAUUUGUGGUAUCAUGAGUUGUAUUUGUGUUUAAAAAAGAAAAAAAAAGAAAACAAGAUAAGGUUUGCUUUAUUGAUUUCUUUUCACCGUGUAAAGUUAAUCUUAUCUUUUUCACAAGUUGUUCAACGAUGUUCAGAAACUAACAAUGGCCACCAGCCAAAUGCUGGUUAAGUUUGGCUGGGGAACGUACCUUAAUCUAAUUUAUCAGUGGGCAACCAUCUUUGGAAAUGUAUUUUUAUUUUAUUUUUUAAACGCUGUAGCUGACUUAGUGCCAGGCUGGCGGGUUGUGGAGGUUUCCUCUACGGUGGCUGAAGGGGACAAUAAAGGUUGUUUCUCUGCCAUUUUUUUUUUUUUGGCUUGGAAAGAGGAGUGGGCGGUUUUAAAAAAAAUUGUUUUGCUUGUUUUUUAAUUUGCGAUAUGGAAACGUGUAUAAAAAAACCGGUUACAAGUAGUGUCAGGUUUGACCCAGGUGUGUUUAACAACAACAAUGUUGCAUAGAAAACAUUGUGAUCAUGUCUUAUGGAAACAAGAGUUCCUCAGAUAUACUAAAAAAAUGUAACUAAAAGAAUUGUUUUUGUUUUUUGUUUUUUACUGGGGCACAUUUUCUUGUAUUAAAAAUGUCUUGGGACAAGAAGAAAUGUAGACAGCUGUUUUCAACUGAGUUUUGAUCAUAUUAAAAAAUACUAUGUUUCAAUUGUAUAAAA